AUACAACAUAGAUAAUUUUCUCACUUCUCAUUUAAUGGCUGUGCAACAAUAUGUAGGUUCUUCUUCUUCUUCAUCUUCUAUGGUAACAUCUUUGAAGAAAUUUAAUGUUUUUAUUAGUUUUCGUGGUGAGGAUACUCGUAAAACCUUCACGAGCCAUCUUUACGAAGCUCUUAACAAAAAAGUUCUAACAUUUAUUGACAUUGAGCUUGAAAAAGGAGAUGAGAUCUCAUCAACACUCAACAAAGCCAUUGAGGGGUCAGAUGCAUCUAUAGUCAUAUUUUCAAAAGACUAUGCAUCUUCAAAAUGGUGUUUGGAUGAACUCGUUAAGAUUCUAGAAUGUAAGAGAGAUCGGAGACAGAUUGUCGUACCUGUUUUCUAUGAUUUAGAACCAUCUCAUGUAAGGAAUCAAACCGGGAUUUAUAAGCAAGCUUUUGAAAAACAUGAGCUAGAUUUGAGACACAACAAAGACAAGUUGCAGAAAUGGAAAGAUGCACUCACUGAAGCAGCCAAUUUAUCGGGCUGGAACUCUCAAAAUUACGGGAUGGACUCAAAUUUCGUUAACGCCGUUGUAGAAGAUGUUUUAAAUAAAUUGUAUCGGAGAUACCCAUUUGAAGUUAACAAGGAACUUGUUGGCAUUGAUACAAAGUAUGAAAAGAUGGAAUCUUUACUGAAAAUUGGAUCAAAUGAUGUUAGAACUCUUGUAUUAUGGGGCAUGGGAGGCAUAGGAAAGACCACUCUAGCCAAACAUUUAUUUGGUAGAUUAUGUUCUCAAUUUGAACGUAGUUGCUUCAUUGAAAAUAUAAGGGAAGAAUCAACCAAACUUGGACUCAAAUUUGUACGUAACAAACUUUUUUCUACAUUGUUGGAGCUUCCUCUCAAUACACCAUAUGUAGAAACCCCAAUUUUCAAAAACAAACUUGCACAUGAAAGGAGUCUCAUUGUGUUGGAUGAUGUGGCAACCUUAGAACAAGCAGAAAAUGUUAACAUAGUCAAUAAAUACUUGGGAGAGGGAAGUAGAGUCAUUAUCACAACUAGAGAUAUGCAGAUAUGUAGCCAAUUUGACGAGUGUGACAUAUAUAAGUUUGAGGAAAUGAAUGCAGAUGAAUCUGUUCAACUAUUCUGCAAGAAUGCUUUUGGAGAAAAAUGUCCUAAGGAUGGAUAUGAUAAUCUAUCAAAAAAGGCAAUUCUUUAUUGCAGAGGCAAUCCCUUAGCUUUGAAAGUUUUAGGUGCAAAUUUUCGUACAAAAAAAAGUAAAAAAGAGUGGGAAAGUGAAUUGGAGAAACUCAAAAAGAUUCCUAAUAGAAAAAUCCAUGAUGUGUUAAAAUUGAGUUAUGAUGACUUAGAUCAUACUCAACAAGACAUAUUUCUAGACAUUGCAUGCAUCUCCAGACCACCGGUUUAUUAUAACUCUCUUACUCAAAAAGAUUACUUAACAGCAGUAUGUAAUGCUUGCAAGUUUUAUGCAGAGAGUGGAUUAGAAGUCCUUCUAGAUAAAGCACUCAUUUAUUUUGAUUCCAAGCACUUUAUCACAAUGCAUGCUUUAUUAAAAGAAAUGGGAAAGGAGAUUGUCAUGACAGAAUCUGUCAAAGACCCCGGAAGAAGAAGUCGAUUGUGGGAUCAAAAGGAUGUGUAUGAUGUAUUGAAGUACAAGAAGGGAACGGAAGUUGUUGAAGUUAUAGAAUUCAAUAUUUAUCAACUUGAGGAUUUGUACUUGAGCUCUGAUUCAUUUAAAAGCAUGACCAACUUAAGACAUCUUCAUAUUGAGUCUAUAGAUAGAGAAAAUAGACUGCAUCUCCUUGAAGGUCUUGAGUGGUUGUCUGAUAAAUUGAGGCAUCUUUGUUGGAUUUUAUUCCCACUUGAGUCUUUGCCAUCAACCUUUUGUGCAGAGUGGCUUGUACAGCUUAAAAUGCAGCAUAGCAAGCUUAAAAAGCUUUGGAAUGGAAUUCAGAGGCUUGACAAUUUAAUGAUUCUUGAUCUUAAUUACUCCGAAGACCUGAUUGAGAUUCCAGAUUUAUCAAGAGCCCUAAAUCUUCAAAUAGUAUCCCUUUCUCGUUGUGAGAGUCUCUGUCAACUCCAUGCAUCCAUUUUUAGUAUCCCCAAGCUUAUAGAACUACAUUUAGAUGGCUGCAAAAAAAUUGAAAGCCUGAAAAAUAACAUUCAUUUAAAAUCUCUCCAAUUACUUGAUCUCUCUUUUUCUUCAUAUCUUACGGAAUGUUCGGUGACAUCUGAGGAAAUUGAGUUGUCUUUAUGGGGCGCUGUUGUACACGGAUAUUCUUCAUUGAUGUGGUGCAAUAAGAAACUUACAGGACUGCACCUUACAGAGUGUACACAAAUCAAUACAUCGAGUCUUUGGUUCAUCCUUGAUGGCACGCCGUCUUUAAAAAAACUAUAUUUGAGGAAUUGCUGCAACUUAGAAAUUCUCCCUAACAACAUCCAAAAUAAUUCAAUGUUGGAAAUUCUUAUUUUAAAUGAAUGUUCAAAACUUAAGUCUAUACCAAAGCUUCCAGCCUCCUUGCAAACUCUUGAAUUAAAUGAAUGCAGGAAACUUAAAUCCCUACCAAAACUUCCAGUUAGCUUGCAAAACUUGAAAGCCAAGAAUUGCAUUCAUUUGGACACUAACUCCGUUCAACGAUCAAUACUUGAGAAUAUGUCACUGAGUAACAGGAAUCUGCCAACUUAUCAUUGGGAGUUCUUUUACUUUCCAGGUGGUGAAGUUCCUAGGGAGUUUUAUUUUCAUACAGCAAAGGCUUCCAUAGUUAUUCCUCCUAUUCCAAAAUAUGGUUUGUGUGGUUUUUUCAUUUGCAUAAUUCUCUCUGAAGAAGCGGGUCUCGUUUUCUCUGGUGAAAUUAUUUGUACUAUUUAUCAACACACCAAAGAAAUUGGCCGACAAAGGACGCGGUGUUGUACAAAAGGAUUAAUUUCAGAUCAUGUAUUCUUAGACUACAUAAUCUGUUAUGAUUCCGAUUGGGUGAAGGUUGGGAGUGAAAGUGGAGGUCAUGAUUACAACUUUUCAUUUAAAUUCAGUAGUGAAGAACUUCAAGGUCUGAGAACAGAGUGGAUCAAGGGCUGUGGGGUCAUUCCUGUUUAUGACUUAAAACAUAGUUUUGUGUUGGAGGAUGGUAGAAUUAGUGGAGUUGAAAUUGUUGAAAUACAAUCCAACGCUCAACUAUUAUCUGAUGAUAUUAAAGUUUUUGAUGAUUGUCAACAAAAUUCGAAAUUUGAUAUUAAUGAGUCACAACACCAAGAAAUCGGAGCUGAAAAUGAAGAUGACCAGCACAAACUAAUUAUUCCUCAGACAGAAAAUAUGGAGGAGUUAAAUGAUAAAUCUUCUUGUUCAUGUUCAAUCGGUCUUUUGUUGAAGCACAUACUAGAAGAAUCAAAACGUCUAUUUCUAAAGUAAAGAUAAGGCAGCAUCAAAACUUUCAUUCAUAAGUCUUUUGCUGAAGCAUAUGCUAGAAGAGUCAAAACGGCUAUUUCUCUUGUUUUCAACCAAAGAUAAGACAACAUCAAAGCUUUCAUUCAGAAGUGUCUCAUGAUGCAGUGGGUUGGUAUUCGGCACCAUAAACUUGUAUGUUUGUGAUUGAUUUAUCUUUUUUGAUAAGCUAUUAGGAACUCUUCUCAUCCUAAUUAGUUGUAUUCAGUUCUAGUGUCCUGUUUUUGUUGGUAUUAAGUAAUAAUUAUUGAGUUUUUGUUCA